UGCUGGCUUACUUGGACUCCAUAACAUGGAGCCAUCAUUAGUGUUGUUAGCUGCACCUGUGCUUUUUUCGGUUGUGAUAAGUUGAAAUCUUUGCUGGGAAAACAUCUUUGCUGUUGUGUGUGUUUUUGUCACUCAGCCAACCUGGAUUGUGGUAAAGAAAUUGUAAGGAUGAUUCAGAUGGCGCCUGGAAUGCCAUCAUGAGCCAUGAUGGUGCCAGUGGAGAAUAAAGAGAUGAAGACUAUAUCCCUCCUCUUCCUCCUUCUCCUCCUCCUUGCCUCAGGAGCCUGUGAUGAUGUCAAGUACAUCUCGAAGAGGAACUCAGUGGAUGGAUGCAUAGACUGGUCAGUGGAUCUGAAGGAGUACCACGUUCUGGCAGGCGAACCUGUUCGGGUCAAAUGUGCCUUGUUCUACAGCUACAUCAGAACCAACUACACCAUGGCCACCAACGCCAAGCUGCGCCUCAUCUGGUACAAGAACAAAGGCGAUGCAGAGGAGCCCAUCAUUUUCUCAGGCCACAGGCUGAGUAAAGAAGACGACUCCAUCUGGUUCAGAUCUGCUGAAAUGGAAGACAAUGGAUUCUACACCUGUGUACUAAGGAACUCAACAUACUGCAUGAAAGUGUCCAUGUCGAUGACGGUGGAGGAGAGUGAUGAGGGGAAAUGCUUCAGCAGCAAAAUCCGCCAUCUGGAGAAAGCUGAGAUAACCCACAGCAAAAUGAUCACCUGUCCUGAUAUAGAAGACUAUAUGGCUCCAUACAAACAGCCACAGAUGACCUGGUAUAAGGAGUGUGAGCGGGUUGAAUGGAGAAGUUCCAUCACUGUGAACACCACACACAUCUGGAUACCUGAGGUGGAGGAGGGUGAUGGGGGAAAUUACACCUGUGAGUUACAGUACGGAUCGAGACUGGUGCGGCGGACAACACAACUCAAAGUGACAGCUCUCCAAACCACUCAGCCUCCCAAGGUCCUCUUCCCCCCAGAGAGACACGACACAGUGAUAGAAAUCACGCCUGGUAUGCCUCUCAGUCUGGACUGCAAGGCUUUUUUUGGCUACAGUGGAGAAAACAGAAGGCCCAUCAUCUACUGGAUGAAAGGGGAGAAGUUUGUGGAAGAACUAGCGGGACACAUUAAAGAAAGUGAAGUCAGGAUCUUGAGGGAGCAUUUAGGGGAGAAGGAGGUGCAGCUGUCCUUAACGUUUGAUGCUGUGGAGGAGGCAGACCUGGCCAACUACACCUGUUACGUGGAGAACCAUAUAGGGAAGCGCAGUGGGAGUGCUAUUCUGCAGAAGAAAGAUAUGUAUCGCCUGGAGCUGGCUGGUGGUCUCGGGGUCAUACUGCUGCUGCUGGGAGUCCUGACAGCACUGUAUAAGUGUUACAACCUAGAAAUCAUGCUCUGCUACAGGAGACACUUUGGGAGUGAUGAAACUGAAGAUGAUAAUAAGGAGUACGAUGCCUACCUGUCCUAUACUAAAGUGGACCUGGACUCUCUGGGCAGGACAAGCAGCGAUGAGGAAACGUUUGCUUUGGAGAUCCUGCCAGAUGUUUUGGAGAAACAUUACGGAUACAAGCUGUUUAUACCAGACAGAGAUCUAAUACCCAGCAGUACCUAUAUUGAGGACUUGGCUCGCAGCGUGGAGCAGAGCAGACGUCUUAUCAUCGUUUUGACUCCAGAGUUUGUCGCCAAAAGAGGGUGGAGUAUCUUCCAGAUAGAGACACGCCUCCACUCUAUGCUGGUUACAGGGGAGAUCAAGGUGAUCAUGAUAGAGUGUGCCGACCUGAAGAAUGUCAUCAACUACCAAGAGGUUGAAGCUCUUAAGCAUACGUUCAAGGUUUUAUCCAUCAUCAAGUGGAGGGGUCCUAAAAGCAAUGAGCUGUCCUCUAAGUUUUGGAAACAGGUGGUUUACGAGAUGCCAGCUAAACGCAGAGAGACACUGUCCAGACGCCAGGUUAUGGACUCCGGUGAACAGGGCCUCUUUGGUGACCUACAGACCACUGUCUCCACCAUUGCAAUGACAACCACCUCAGCCUCUCUGGCACCCCCUAAUGAGAGUCGCCAUGGACAUCAUCAGGUUGCCUUGGCAACAGAGAUCCCGGACUACAACCAGAUGACCUUACCACUGGGAGGGGGUCACACAGCUACAGCCGCCCAAAUGAGGCAUUUCUGCCGCAGCUACGAGUUCCAGCUUCCCCCACAGCCUUCCUCCCUCUCGCCUCCUCUCCCACCUCCCUCCACCGUGCAGUUCUCCACACUGGGCCCCGGGGGACGCCACGUCUAUUGCAACAUCCCUAUGACACUGUUGAAUGGACAGGGGUUCAGAGCAGUUCACUGGGGCACAAGAGGUACCUCAGAGCAGUACGCUUGGGAAGAAGCCAGAACUCCAUCUGAACAGCACCUUCGUACCUCUCACAAGCAGAGAACUAAGCUCUGACAUCUGGUAGAUGUGCUCCAUUGGUACUGGAUACAGACUGGUAUACAGACUGCUUUUUCACUGGCUUUGGACAUGGCGUAGACUUUUUCCUCGACUAGUUUUCAUUGGGUUUUUGGACUGUGUACAAACUUUGUGUCAGGAGAGACUGGUUGUGGACUGCUAGCAGACACAUUUUGGGCCAUUGCAUCCAUCCAACAAAAGACUUCUUAAACACGGUAUGAGGCUAAGAUUCACAUUGGAUGGGUGUUAUGGCUGCAGAUUUCUUCUGGACUCAGAUUAUAAAACUGAUUGCUUACUUCAUUUGGACCAACCAAAUGGUUACAGACUGAUAUAAACUGAUAUGUAAGAUGUGUAGCCAUGACCAUUUUAAAGGAAUGCUAUUAUACAACAUGACUGUUCAAAUAAAUUUGACUGCAGAGAGUUUAUAGACAGAUAUAAGGUAUCUAUGUAUCCACAGACAAUAGAACUCUGUUUGUCAAACAAGCUACCGCGUUGGACCUCGGAGCACAAAAAACGCAACUAUGUUGUAAUCACAGUCUACUCGCACACCAGCUGUGAAAACCAGUUGAUUUGUCAGCUUCUUAACUACUAGGAAAUAUUGGUCAACUGAAAAACCAAGAGUAGCGUGAAUUCCAGUGAAUUCUCUACCUAGCUGAGUUCUCCAAAUAUCAAUUUACCUGUUGACAAGGUGGCUUGUCAGUAAACAAGACAGAUUUUCAAGCAAUGAUUUUGGAAUACCAGUCCACCUUUAAACAACAAGUCAACCUCCUGAAAUACAACUUGUGGCUGGUUAACCAGCUACCUAGCUACCUGGUUUGGCUCUUAGAAGCUGAUAUGGUUGACGUAAAAGAAAUUCUACCAAGAUUCUAUCAAAAUAAGAAGUGAUGCAUAAAGCAAUGGCUAAACCUUAUUUUACUUAGAAAGCACAGUUAGCUGGGGUCUGUGGAAGCUAGCUAGUUGUAUAAACUAGUUGACUAAAAGGCUAGUCACUUCUGGAGCUAGAAGGAAGAAAACCAGCCAGCUCACCACCUUGUAACCCAGAUAACAGCAACUAGUCUAUUUGUCAAGAGGCAAACUGACCAAGGGUCACCCCUUUUAGGGGGUCACUACCAACUUUUACCACUGAGCUAAUAGCAUAAAGGACUUGGUUUUUUUCUAUUUGCAUGACCACCCAUUUAGAUAAAAAAAAUAAUCAAAUAAACAUAGAUAAAAAAGUAAAUGAUACAGUCAUUUGUUGCAACCUCUUUUAAUAUGGAGGAGAAUAAAUGUCUUAUGUUGAUAUGGUAUAUUUGUUUUCUGUCUGGCCAUGAAGUAAUGAUAAAAACAUAUAAAGGGAAAAAAGGAGGUGUCCCUCCAAAAACAUUUUUAUUAUUUAUUUUGUUUUGUUUCAUUCAAAAGUUUGAUCCUUUUAGAGGGUUGGUGAGAAUUUUUACUAGGCUUUGUUUUUAAUAUUUGUUUGUUAUAAUAAUCUCUGUACAGCUUCCAUAACUUAUGCAUAGACCUAUACAUGACAGUGAGUUUUUUCCCUACAUUUUCUGUUAACAGCCACAUUAAGCGUGUGACCCAGAGCCUCUUUUUGCUUUCAUUCUUUUUAUCUUUUUGUCGGUGGAUGGAUGGAUGGAUGGAUGGAUGGAUGCAUGAAUGGAUGGAUGGAUAGAUGGAUGGAUGUUUUUCAUGGCAGUACAACACAGCUAACGGACUGAUGUUUUAAACCCAUCACUCUGGAAUCAAGACCACUAUCAAUCAGCCAAAGGGGGCUUAACUGCAUUAAAAAGCUGGACUCCAAGCUGAAACAGACCACAUUCUUCUUUGUGAGCUUUAAAAAAAAAAACAAGAUUAUUACCAUAA